AUGCCUGGACUCAUUUCAUCACAAGAAGACAAUAAAAUUAUUUUGAGAAAAAUAUUAAUACCAGUUUGUCAAAGUAAUGAAGCCCAUAAAGCAAUACAAUGGUAUGUGAAUAAUUUAAAACUCCCUGGUGAUUUGAUCAUUUUCCUACAUAUCUUGGAACCUAAUCUACCAAGUGCAUUGUCAGGACUAUCAAGUCAAUAUGAAUCAACACCAAACAAUAGUAAUUAUUAUGUAUCAGAGAAAAAUAUGACUAGAGCUAGAUCAUUAUGUCAUGAACUAGUACAUGAAGCCAAUUCACAUGGGAUCAAAUCUGAAGCAAUGAUACAAAUCGAUACAAAACCAGGUCCAGCUAUUGUUAAAAUUAUUAAUGAACAACAAAUUGAUAAUAUUAUUAUGUUUAAACGUAGUUUAAACUUUAUUAAACGUGCAAUCACUGGAAGUGUUAGUUCUUAUAUAUUACAUCAUUCAAAUAUCCCAGUGACAAUUUUAUCUUCAUCAAUGAAUCAUUGA